AUGAAAAUGAGGCUGCUCUCUGUGAUCCUGCUGCACGGUGUGUGUGUGCUGCAUCUCUCUGCACUGACUGUUUCUGCAGUCUCUCUGAGUGUAACUCCAGAUUACAAGCAGUUCUUCAGUGGUGGUGCUCUAGCGAUUUUGUCUUGUGAUGAUGAUGAUGAACAAAGAGUUGAUGGAUGGACAGUGAAGAGGACCAGAGGAGGAGUCACUGAGAGAUGUGGAGCAGCUGAAGGCCUUGUUCUUAAAAGUUCUCUGUGUCAACUCAAGUUGCGUAACCCCUCUGAUGGAGCUUACUUCUGUGAAAGCUCAUCUGGACAGCGUAGUGAUGAAGUCAACAUCAUUGUUUCAGCUGGUUCCCUGAUCCUGGACAUCCCUUCAUCUCCUGUGUGGACAGGAAGUAAUGUGACUCUGCUCUGUCAAACCAGAGAUGGUGAACCGGUGAAGUCUUAUUUCUAUAAAGAUGGGGACAUGAUUGAACCUGAUCCUAAAGAAAAUUUGACUCUCACUAAUGUUCAGAAGUCUGAUGAAGGUCUCUACUCGUGCUCCACUGAGGAUCAUCCACAUACUCAUGAAAGCAGGCUGACAGUCAGAGAUCCUCCCACAGAUCCUCCUCCUACUGUAAAACCUACCACUACUACCACCACUACUACUACUGCUACUACUACUACUACUACUACUACUACAACCACAACCACUCGUCGUUCUCCUCGUCGUCGCUCUUCUGGCCCUCCUCUCACAGCCUCCAUCAUGUCAGGUCUGGUUUCUGUGGUUCUCCUGGUUCUGGUUUGAGUUCUGCUCCUUUGGAGGAAGCUAAAAGGAAAGUGAGGACGCACUCUGCCUUAUGGAGGACCUUCAUCCUACUGUCUC